ACCAGGCAUAUUCAGGACCCAGCGAGCCAGCUACUAACGUGGAACAAACCACCCAAAAGUGUGCUGGUGAUCAAGAAAGUCAGAGAUGCAAGUUUACUGCAGCCCUUCAAGGAGCUUUGCGUGUUCCUUACAGAGCAAAAGAACAUGAUAGUCUAUGUGGAGAAGAAAGUGUUGGAAGACCCCGCCAUUAUUAACGAUGAGAAUUUUGGACCAGUGAAAAAAAAAUUUUGCACUUUUCGAGAAGAUUUUGAUGACAUCUCUAAUCAGAUUGACUUCAUUAUUUGCCUUGGGGGAGAUGGGACCUUGUUGUAUGCAUCAUCGCUCUUCCAGGACAGUGUCCCUCCUGUGAUGGCGUUUCAUUUGGGAUCACUGGGGUUCCUCACUCCUUUUAGCUUUGACAACUUCCAGACACAAGUCACUCAGGUUAUAGAAGGUAAUGCGGCCCUGGUUCUCCGCAGCAGGCUAAAAGUGAAGGUGGCCAAGGAACACAAGGAGAAGAAGUCCUUGGUACAGAAUGGGGUGGAGGAAAACGGCCUAAUUGUUAACAAACCUGAGAAGGAGUUGAUCAAACAAACAAAGUAUCAGGUCCUGAAUGAAGUAGUAGUGGACAGAGGUCCUUCUUCUUAUCUCUCCAAUGUAGACGUCUUCCUGGAUGGGCACCUCAUCACUACAGUUCAGGGAGAUGGGGUCAUUGUGUCCACACCAACAGGCAGCACCGCAUAUGCAGCCGCAGCUGGAGCCUCCAUGAUUCAUCCUAAUGUACCUGCCAUCAUGAUCACCCCAAUCUGUCCCCACUCUCUUUCCUUCCGGCCAAUUGUGGUCCCUGCAGGAGUGGAGCUUAAAAUUAUGCUAUCGCCUAAUGCACGGAAUACUGCUUGGGUCUCGUUUGAUGGGAGAAAAAGGCAGGAAAUUUGCCAUGGAGACAGUAUUAGCAUCACUACCUCUUGUUACCCUGUCCCCUCCAUCUGCUUCCGGGAUCCGGUUAAUGACUGGUUUGACAGUUUGGCUGAGUGUUUGCACUGGAACGUUCGCAAGAAACAGAACCAUUUCACAGGCGAGGAGGAAGAGGAGGAGUUCUAG